UAGAUCUGGCGCAGCUGUGCGCACUGCAGCCGACGCAAAGUGGCGCGCCAGACAGCGCAGCCGCAGUAGAACGGGCGCAGAUAGACACAGCAGCAGCAAUGGCAGACGAAAAACCCAAGGAGGGAGUGAAGACAGAGAACAAUGAGCACAUCAACCUGAAGGUGGCAGGGCAGGAUGGCUCAGUGGUGCAGUUCAAGAUCAAAAGACACACUCCUCUCAGCAAACUGAUGAAAGCUUAUUGUGAACGGCAGGGGCUGACAAUGAGGCAAAUACGAUUUCGAUUUGACGGGCAGCCCAUCAAUGAAACUGACACACCAUCGCAGCUAGAAAUGGAGGAUGAAGAUACGAUUGACGUCUUCCAACAGCAAACCGGUGGCUCUUCUCUUUAAAGACUGUUUCCUACGAACAUCCCUACCUCCCCUUUUGACCCCUGAACAUGCCCAGUCUUCAAAAGCUCAUGACCAGUGUUGAUACCAUCCAGUGGAAUACUUGCCUGUGAAAAUGCUCAAAGGCAGCAACACAGUUGGUGUAGAUAGAUUUAAUCACAUUGUCCAUUUGUAUGUUAACAUGUCUGAUCUGCACAGUGUAGACAACUUUUAAGCUGCAGUCUAAUGGGCUGAAGAAAUCAAAAUCUUGUCAUGAUAACUUUUUUUUUCCUGGAAGUUUUGGAUUAAACCGCCUUGGUCCUUUUUUUUGUUUUUAUACUUAUGUCAUUGAGGUUUUGAUUCAGAUGGAAUUUUGUUAUUGUUGUCAAGUAAGCCUGCAUUUUAAAUUCACAUCUGUUGUUAUGGAAAUGUAUUAUUGGAAUAAAUUGAGUCUUUUUUUUAACAUA